ACAAAAAUAAAACCUAGGGUUUUCAAGUCACCCAGAACAAUAUAAACAUUCGCAGAGUUAGGCCACCCUCUUUCACUAGAAGUUCCUUCUCUUCACUCUUCAAACAGAAUGCCGAAGCAGAUUCAUGAGAUCAAGGAUUUCCUUCUUACUGCAAGAAGGAAGGAUGCUCGAUCUGUGAAAAUCAAGAGGAGCAGGGAUGUGGUUAAGUUUAAGGUUCGCUGCUCCAAGUACCUUUACACACUCUGUGUGUUUGACUCUGAGAAAGCUGACAAGUUGAAGCAAUCUCUUCCCCCAGGUUUGAGUGUGCAAGACCUGUGAAGAAAUCAACUGAAUUAGAAAGCUUUAAUCAGUUGGUGUGAUCAGAAGUUGAAGAAAUUUUGUUUUGUGCAUUUUGGUUAUCUUAUUUUCCAGCCCAGAAUAUUCAUGACUGCAUGAUAAAUGUUAUUGAUUUUCAUUAACUUUGUGGCACUUUCCUCUCUAUGUUGCUUGAGUUCAGUGACUGGAUUCAAAUAUCAACUCUGAGUACUUGUUAUUCAAGAGCCUUAAAAUUUAUUA